AUGCCUCCUACAACCAGAUCCCAGGCGCACAGGCAGUCCCUCGGCGACGUCACGUCAGACUACGACGACGAAGACGACAACUCCAGCUCCGAGCCCGAGACAGAUUCGGACUCUUCCCUCGUAGACAAUGACGACCCCUCCGUCGUCCGCUCCCCCUCCAGACUUACCUACAUGGUCGACAAGCUCUCUGCCGACGCCCGCCUGCGCGUCCGCGAGGCUUUCAGAGACCCACCCCGUCUCUCCCUGCAGUACUGCCGCCUCCGAGACGACGUCUACGCCUUCCAGAUGACGGAGCUUGUGCCCCGCUCCAUCCGAAUUGGGUCGCCUGAUAGCCCCUUCGCGACGCCCCGUUGCUCAUGCCGUGAACAGCAGCAAAAGAACGGGCCCCCCUGCAAGCAUCUCCUUUGGCUUCUGGACCAGCUCGUCAACCAGACGCUGUAUGAUCAUGACCCGACCUCCCCGUUGACCAUGACCCCUGAUGGCUACCCAGAGGAGAUCGGCGAUCCUUUCACUAACAUCUCGGGCUUCCACCUAGACGUCCUGGCGGAUGGCCUCCGCUGCGACGUCGUCAAUCCGGACUUGGAAGAGGUCUCGGAGGAUUCGGACGAAGACGAAGAGCAUCCGAACCCGCACCGCGUCCAGGAAGCCCGUGAGAUGCUCGCCGCUAUCGCCGCCUCCUCCCCAGAAGAUUACCGUCCAGACCUCUUCUCCGACCCUCCGACCCUGGGCAAGAAGCCCGUCAAGCGCCACGACCUCGAGGGCACAAUCUUCCGCAUGCUCCUCGACAACAACGACUUCUUCCACUAUUUCCUCUCCCAGAUGCGCUCCACCGACCCUGUGAACGACCCCUUUCGCAAGCUCACCCAGCGUGUCGACCGCGUCCUGCGCGAGCUGGACGCCUGGGCUUUCUCCCCAACAGCCUCGGCCCCGAGAGACUCGGUAGAAAACUCCCCUGACGUCGCCUGGGCAGCCAGCCACAUCACCGGCGUCGUAGGCCUCAUCCGCACCGCAAUUUUCAAGCGCGACCGGCCCCUGGAGCCCCAGGAGCGCACAAGCGCCGCCCGCGCCCUGGUCCACAUCCUCGCCGCCGUUGUCGAGCGCAACCGCGACUUCGUACCCCCUCGAGCCACAGCAACCACCGCAGCAUCCCGCCAGGACCGGAACCUCUACCUCCGCCUCGUAGGCGACCGCGACGAAGACUUCGUCCUCGGCGUCCUCAACCUCCUGCCUCCCGACGCCGCGGCCCAGUUCCUACACACCCUCGAGGACAUCUUGGACCAGCUGGGCGUGAACGGCGCACCGGCUUCGUACGUCGAAAAGUUCCGCUCCCUCAUCUCUCGCCUGAGGAGGGCCGGCGGCAGAGGCGGCGGCGGCGUCUCGUCCUCGGCGGGCGCGGGCUCAAAGCGUCAAGGUCAGGGCCAGGGCCAUGGCCGAGGAUUCAAGAGGAUGAAGUGA